AUGGUGCAAGUCCUUGGCGUGGAUCCAUCCGCAGUAGCGGCCAUUACACGGAGCACCAAUGAUGCCAUUAACCCCAACCACCACAAUGGUGAAGAGGAUUCGCAAGACAAUGCGAAGCAGGAUCACAGCAGCCGAACCUCGUUGACACUGAGUGGCAGCUGGGAUGUCACCGCUAUUACCACAGUCUCGGAACCCCCAGGGAAUGGCAUUGAUGUCCCCAUCUUGCUGCAGCCAUUGUUCGGCCUCGACUUUUUGCCCUUUGCGACUCCACCACCCAUACCCGAAGAAGAUCCUACUACCAAAGAGCCAGAGCUUGCAGUGCCUCCCAUGGUGGUGGAGAUCUCAUCAGCUACGGAGGAAGAGGUGCCUGGCAUUCAACCAGAGGAUGCUUUUAAUGAGAUACCCGUCCAUUCGAUACAACGCAUUGCUCAUCAGCCAGCACUUGAUCCCCAGGAAACCAGAGAGCUCCAAGAGCUUCUCCAGCAAGCCGACAAGAAGAAAAACAAAAAGAAGAAGAAACGGGGAUUCAAGGCAGUUGUUUCCAUCUUUCAGAGGAAAAAGAAGCAACAUGGCAAGACACUAAGAGUGGAGACAGCCGUGCCAACUUCGAUAGAGCACCUGUUACUGCAAACAACCAAUGACGGGGUAUCCCCGACCUUCACUGCCACCACUAUUACCAACGAAGAGGCAUUGUCUCCUGGCAGUUGCAAUAGUAGAAAGGCUGCUCUUGCGACUACUACUAAACAGGACGAAAAGCUCAACAACCUGCAGCUACAAGCACACCAACAAGAAGAGUGCAUCCAUGCAACGCAAGGAGAGAUACAUAACCUGCAGUCAAAACUGCAAGCAUCCAUAUCCAGGUACCAGGCUCAGCUGCAAGACUUUGAGACUACACAGAAGCAACUCGAAGAAAUGAUUGCAUCCCAGCAACAACAGCAACCACCACACACAAAGGAAUCCACCUCGGAGCAGCAAUCAUCAUCAUCUACCACCAACCAGCAACAACGACGAGUGCUCAGAAAGAGCGAGUCGGGAUCCUUCAUGCGCGUUCAUGACCUCGACCUGUCACCCAAAUCAUCCACUCUGUCGAGUUCUUCGUCGGAUCCCUCCUUGUCGUCGCUAUCCCACUCGGGUCAUGCGGCCGGUGUACCAACGCCAGAACAACCACCCAUGCCCACACCAGACUUUUUGCAAAUGGAUCAGUACUUGGUCGAGAUUGUUCAACAGCUCAUCUUUGUCGGAUAUGACCUUGCAUUUGACGAAGGAGAUCGGUACACGCCCACGAGAGAAACAGCCAAACUCAUUACCGCCGCCUCCAUGGAACGGAAUCGCCAUGGUUGGCCCAUCUCCCCAUGGACGGCCGCCUUGGGAGAACAGAUUCUCGUUUGGACAGGACGGGUCUCGCAUGGUGGAUUUGGUCACACAUGGCCCAUUGUCAAGGGUCGUGUCUUGUUGCAUACAACCCCCAAGAACGUCUUGGAGUACCUGUGGGACUCGUCCAUGGUCCCAAAGUACAAUCCACACUGUCAGGGGCGAGAGGAUGUCUACGUGCUACAGGACGAUGUGGACAUGAAAGCUAGUGAAAAUCCAUACGGGUUCACUGGCUGUGCCAAGAUUGUAAAAUCCUUGAACAAACAUCGCCUCUUGCCCAAGGGCAUUGAAAUGAGUGUGCUGUUGUAUGCCAGACCAAUGGAACAGCAUGAAGGAUCAUACAUUCUAGUGAGCCGUUCCGUGUGGGAGAACGACAAGGGCACAUUGGAUAGUGCCGCAGCCAAACAGGUGAUCAGGACUGAAAUGUUGAUGGGGUGCACCAUCAUUCGAAAGCUUGAUGACCAGUCUUGCGAACUGACACAAUUGACGCAUGUUCACCUUCCUGGUGUGCCGGAGAUGUUGGCUCGGCGCACGGCACCUGGCCAGUGCUUUAGUUUGAUGAAGACGCUACAAGCCCACUUUCCACCGCCAUCCACUUCGAAUGCAUAA